GAGGGAGGGGGCAGACAAGAGCAGCGGACACUUUCGGGAACCUAAACCAAACCGUUUUCUUAGAAGAGAAGCAGCAAGAUGCACGCAGCUGCCAACACAAAGGGAGAAGAAGAGGACUCUCUCUGGACGGAUUCUUUUAGGCGCACCUUGAAGGACAAGCUUGAAGGUUUCGAGUCCCCGUGAGAAGCCCAAACAUCACAGCCCAGGAGGAGACACGGCAGAGCCGCCACAUGUCACUUGGCAGCGGCAUGGCUGCUCAAUCUGACUCACAAUUCCCCACCAAGCUGUCUCUUGGGUCGCUCUGAAGGAGCCCCCCUUGUCGCGCUCAAUCAAAAAGCCGGCCGGGCAAGAACUUAUUUUGGCCACCUGCACUUCCAGAUGAGAAGACGAGACGCUAGGGCGUGAUCUCGGCCGAAAGGAAAUCGGUGGCUCAUGGCCUCCACAUGUGACCACCCCCAUUCGGGUGCCGGCCCGCGGGAGGAUUCUGACCCGGACGGUUCCGACACCGGGAGCGUCAUCUGUGACGACUCGCUGCUUCCUAACAUCGAAAGGCGUGACAAGCCUCCUCAAACGCUGUACGAGGCCUGCGCAGCCAAUGACGCCGUCUCCCUGCGAAGCAUCCUGGAGAAAGGUGUGAGCAAGGACCAGGCCAUGCACUUGGACAUCAACGGCAGGAGCGGACUCAUGGUGGCUGUGAGCAAAGAUUUUGUGGACGUCGUCAGCACGCUGCACGUCUGCCCUCUCAUCGACGUCAACCACCAGGACAACGACGGCAAUUCCGCCCUCAUGAUUGCCGCCCAGGCUGGCUUCACCACCAUUCUGAACUUCAUCCUCAACUACUACUCUGGUGUGGACACUGAGCUCAGAGAUCCUCGUGGCUUUACCGCCCUCAUGAAAGCGGGCCUGCAGGGCCGGGAGGACUGCGUGUCGACCCUGCUCAUGCACGGUGCCGAUAUGAAUGCAAGAGACCACGUUCAAGCCGAUGCUUUGAAGGACUGGGUCUUGAAGACAGGACGAUUUGAGACGUUGAGCAGAAUACGCCGUCUGCAAGCUCGUCCUGUGGCCGAGCAGUUUUGUGAACGCUACGCACCCGAGUGGCCGCAACUCCGAGAGCUGGUGGCCAAGGCCACCGGCAGCAAAAGCACGGGCAGAAAACUGCGCCGGAUCAUCAAGAACUUGACUUUCAGUUUCCCGCAUGACCCACAAGACAACGGGGUCAUGGACCACAUGGUGCGUGUAACCACUGGCAUCCGGAGCCCCCUGGUGGCCACCGCUUGCCAUCCGCUGUGUCUCAGCAGCCCCCCGCAAAUUCGCAAGCGGGGUUUUGCUCUUCCCGAGCUACUUGAAGAGCAGAGCAGCGCGGAGCUGGAGGAACGCGCCGUGUCUCACAGCAAGGGCCCCCUCGCCUCCGCCUCCUCGGUACGCCUGAGCCCCCGCUGCCAGGAGGCGGAGCGCGGGGAGAGCGCACCACCAGGGGCCGUGAGAGGCUUUAUUCCCCGCAGCGUGGCGCAUAGGAACAGCAUCUUCCCCACCGUCUGCACCCCCAAAAUUGAAGUGACUAAAUCUGGGGAGCCUACUCCUAAAACGGAGAAGAAGAAGAAUCAGCAGAAUGGCUACCUGGAGCUUCCCGUGUGGAGGUACAAAGAGAAGAAAAGAAAGGAGAAGCAAAAGGAAAUGGAGCAAGAGAGAAUAUCCGAGGGCUCCGAAAAUAUAGACAAAACAUGACCCAAACUGGAAGUUUCCACAGAAACCGACAAAAAUUGUGUAUUUUUUACCAAGAAUUAUUGCUGAAGUUAUGCACAAGAUUUGUGUCCAAGGUAAAAAGAUAACAAUUAUUCAUACUUCAAAAACUGAAAAUUAGAAUGCCUUGUUAAGAAUGGGGGGGAACGCAUAAAGCAUAUUAUUGUCAAGCAAUUUUUGGACUAGGCUUCCCUUCUUGACUCCAUGACGUGUACUCUGUGCUUGUGCGCGUGCGCGUUACCUGGAUUUCCUUUUUUGGCACUUCCCUUAGCAAACUUUGCGCAUCAUCUUGAAACUCUAACUCAUGAGUUUGAAGGAGCUGAAAUGUCAGAUUUUCUACCGAGAGACGGAUAACACAUUUUGAUAUGUUUCCCUCCACUUAAUGAAAUAAAUAAAAGAAAUCGCCCCCA